GAAUCUCUCUUCCCUUUUUGUCUCCAACCAAAACAAAACCUUAAUCACCUUUCUUCUUCUUUAAACAGAGAGCAUAACAGAGACGUUCGUUCCCACUCUGUCUUAAUCUCCUCUGUUUCAAUUCUAAAUUGAAGAUCGAUGGAAACCGGUGGAACAAUUCCGGGUCAAGAAAUCGGAUCCGGGUUUCAAAAACCCGUUAACCCAGAUGGGUUUGUGACGAUCGAUGUCGAAAGUUUCUCUAAUGUCAUCCACAAAGACUUCUCUUCUUCUAGUCCAAGAAUUACUUUGCAGAGAAAUGUAUCGAGGAAAGGGUCUCCAAGAAGCAACAACGAGAGAAAACUCCAUUUUGACGCAAAUGGUAAUGACAAGGAGACCUCAUUUCCUCAGUCCCCACUUAGAGGAUCAAGCACGCCGGAAAAGCCUAGCAUCGUAGGGCCCACAGAACAUGCAGGCACGGCCACAACCGCUGCCACCGCUGUUUUAGCCUCGCCGCUUCAUCAGAUCACCGUUACUACGGCUGCCACGGCCGCCGGAAAUAUGAUCACCGAUCAAAACAGAGAAAGAAGAUUCGGUUUUUCGAGGAAAUCGAGUUUUAAACGCUCUCAUACUUCUUGGAUGCUUGAUCCGAAGAAAAUCGUCCUCUUCUUUGCAACUUUGUCAAGCAUGGGAUCAAUCUUGUUAAUCAUAUUCACACUCUCGAUCAGCAAGUCCAAUCCCGGAGAUAUGCCUUUAGACUAAUAGUAAACACAAGAAGAGCAU